AAUAGCAAAAUCUUCAUAUAAUAACUCAGAGGGGGGAAGAAGAAGAGAUAUUCGCCAUAUAAAUAACAAAGUGAUAAAAUAAAUAUUGUUAAUAUUAUAUACAAGAAGGUGUGUUACUUUUGAGAGUUUCUUUUCAACGCAAAAUGAAAGUGAUGGUAAUUUUUUGUGGUCUUCUUGGAUCGAUUCACACCCGCCCCCAAAACUCCCCUAAAUCAUCCACUGAGCCCAUCCCCAUUAUAAGACAACAACAAGAACUUAACGAGGAUGGAUCCUAUAAAUGGAGUUUUGCCACAGCAAACCAAAUUGUAGCAGAGGCCCAAGGGUUCCAGAAGAGACUGAAGGACCCCUCCGACCCCAAGGAGCCUGAAGGUCAAGUGGCUCAAGGUCAGUACAAAUACGUCGAUCUGGACGGCAAGACCAUCCAACUUAACUACGUGGCAGACGAGAAUGGUUUUCAGCCAAUAGGAGAGCAUCUACCCACCCCACCACCGAUUCCUGCAGCCAUUCAGAGGGCACUCGAUUAUUUGUCGGGCUUAUCACCGACGGAUGAUCCUAGAACUAAGGCUCUUAAAGAGAAACUAGAUAGGAUUGACGUUUGAGCUUAUAUAAGGUGUAAAAUUAGGGUUAAGGUGUAAAUAGUUUGAAGCAAAAGAUGGCAAGAUUGUUAAUGUGUUCAUUACGGUAACUGAAUAUAUUUUUACUGAAAUAAAAAAAAGUGAGGUUAGUUUGCUCUUCCGCCGUAUAGAGGCGCAGUGUUCGGUAGCAUUAAUAAGAAAUACAUUAUAAAAUUGACCUUGACUGGUAGUAAAAUUACCUUAGAACAUUGAAAGGCUAGAAUUAGCAUUGCCGUGGAACUAUGAGCAGUUUCUUUGCUUGCCACAUCUCUGAGGAGGUACAAUGAUGCCAUAUCAUAUUUUUUAAUAAAAUAAGAUACUCUAUAAAGAAAUCAACAUUCAAAGUUAAAUGAAUGCACAUAACGAAUGUUAA